CAAGUGGUGAGGAGGAGCCAGAUGUGAAGAACACCCACGCAGCCACUGAGAGAAAAAUGAUGUCUCGAUUUCUUCUCCGCAGCGGGCCUCAGUUCUCUGGGUCCUUCUUUAGCAAAUUCCCUUACCAUUGCUUGAGAAGCAGCAGCAGCAGUACCGUGCAAGCAACAGUACCGCAGUCCAAAAUAGUUAAGAAAUCCGUUAGUAUCAAACAUAAAGAUGAAGAAAUUAUGAAGAAACUCAAGAGCCUUGAAGCAGAAAGGGGCAUCAAAUCCAAUGUGGCCGAGACGGUGAGAUUCAGCUCUGUAGAGUUCUCUGGAUCUAAGGAAGACAUCCAGUAUGUCACAGAAGCCCUGGAGCAAUACUACCCUGGUUCAAUCAUACCUAAUUCUGAAAGUGAAAUUGUAGGAGAUCAAGUGAUCAAUAUCAUACUGAAUCUCAAUGACUCUCUGAAGAAUCUAUUGAAACACAAAUCUCUCUCAAUGGAGGACUUCUCAAAAUUCGCCAAUAGUUUAUCAAACACUGGAGGUCUUGAAGAUGUUAAAAUUAAUGUGAUAGUCAGAGAGCGUCCUCUUUUACAAUAUGGGUCUGUUAAAGCCUACUCCAUUGGUCCAUCAAAUGGUACUAAGACUGACUCAUCUGCCAAAAUCCAAUUACAACAAGAUACAACGGAAAUCAUAAAUGUCUCCAUUACACAUAAUCUAUGUGAUGGGACUAACAUUGGGUAUAAAGUCCAACAACAGUUAAUGAAUGCAUUCCCUAACUAUCUCAUUGUGAUUGAUAGUGUGAGUGUCCCAAUCCCAUCCUCUGGCUCAGUAUGCAUAAACUAGCCAUGAAACUCUCUUGUGUUAUGUACACUAUCAAAGUACAUAUAAACCCGCUAUAUGUAGAAAGAACAAUUUUCUUUUCUUUGUGUCUCCAUAAAAUUAAUUCAUUUUUUGGAAAAA